AUGCACGGUUUUCUUACGUUGGUGCUUCUGUCCGCCCUCAUGGGUAUUGCUGCCUUCAUUGCUGGUAUUUUACCUUUGUCAAUCAAACUAUCGCCCUCGAGGAUCAGAUCGAUAUCUAUAUUUGGAAUGGGUAUUUUAAUUGGAACUGCGCUACUCAUCAUCAUCCCCGAAGGUGUUAACACUUUAUACUUGUCAACAAUUUCUGAUGAUUCUGACUCCAAUACAGCCGUAAAGGGAAACUCAUUUUAUGUUGGAAUCAUGCUUUUGUUUGGGUUCAUGUUGAUGUACUUGAUUGAUAAUUUUCAAUUGAUUUUGAAAUCACAUAAAUCUCCUCAAUAUGUUUCAGUGAACAAUGGUGAUUUUAAUAUUCAUGAUAUAAAUAUCGAUUUACACACUAAUGCUAUCCCAAUUGAAAGAACCACUGUUGAAUUUUCAGCUUCAUUUGUGAAAAAAUAUUUGAAUCCGAUAAUUUACAUAAAAUCCUUAUUGAGUUCCUCCACCACUUUGGGUUUAGUCAUACAUUCAAUAGCUGAUGGUAUAGCCCUUGGCUCAUCAAUUGCAACAACCAAUACAACUUUAGAAAUCAUUGUUUUCCUAGCUAUUAUGAUUCACAAGUUUCCUGCUGCUUUUGCGCUAACAUCUGUUUUAUUGAGAUCAGAUAUAUCAAAUUUCCAAAUUAAAAUCAAUCUAACGUGUUUUGCUAUCGCUGCUCCAUUUGGCGCCUUUUUAACUUACAUUACCAUAAUCUUCUUGGGUAAUAAUAAUCAAACUUCAAUCGCUUGGUGGACUGGUUUAUUACUAUUAUUUAGCGGCGGAACGUUUCUCUAUGUCGCUGUUCAUGUAAUGCAAGAAUUUACUUCCAAUAAUAACCAUGAUAUUCAUGAAACCAACCAUAAUAACAAUCCUUCAAAUGUUUCCAUAAGUAUUGCAGGUAUGUUAUUACCAAUGAUAGCUACACUUAUUAAAGAAUAA